UUUUCCUUCUCAAAUCUAGGACAAAUAAUCCAUUGUUUCUCUCUCUUUGGUUUCCACUUUAUUAGUUUUUUCUCCAAAAAGCCCCUUCCCCAAAUCUCAGAUCUAUACAAACACAAAGGUCACAUAAAUCAAUCGUGAUGAGAGAAAAGAGUAACGGGUUGAGAUCAAUGGCUUCCCCUGAAAAAGUGGGUGGUGGUGCGCACGAUAAGCACAACCACCACAAGACUGUCAGAAAUGAUUAUGCUAACAACAACAACCACCACGGUGGCGCUGGAUCGUCGGAAAGUGCGCAGGAUAGCAAGGAAGACGGAAAUGAAGCGAUUCCGAUGGUAUGGCCAUCUAAGUUUGUGAUAGGUUUAACAAACAAGGAGAAAGAAGAGGAUUUCAUGGCUAUCAAAGGCUCAAAGUUGCCUCAAAGACCCAAAAAAAGAGCCAAAACUGUUCAACGCACCCUCAAUCUAAUAAGUCCUGGAGAUUGGCUAUGUGAUUUAUCGUUGGAGCGAUAUGAAGUUAGGGAGAAAAAAGUAUCCAAGAAGAGACCAAGAGGACUCAAAGCUAUGGGAAACAUGGAAUCUGACUCUGAGUAAACUAUUACUGGUUUCAUUGAGUGAAAAAAACAACUACUUUAUGACUGAAAAUAUGAGCUGUUUCAAAUGUACUUUUUUCGCCUUUCGAUACUCUAUAAUUAAUUUUGAGAUAACUUUAUCCGUGAACGAAACGAUCUCAAGGGCUAGGUUGAUUGUACUUCUUCGUUGGCGUAAAUUAAAAGAUUGUAAACGUUAUAUUUCA